UGAGCACAGUCUACGUACUUUCGCUAUCUGUGCUGUGGUUUAUUGCAGGGGGGGGAAGUUCCAUGCGUGCUCUUGACCAGCAGGUCGCGUUUGGAUUUCUUGCCCGUUGACUGCGGUAGACGGCUGCUCGACUCCGGUCGUUCACGCUACGGGUGUAAAUUCCACACGUCGUGUUUUAAGAUGCGCGUGUCUAGUCAACCUGGAUCGCCGAACCGGUUCAAAUAGAAUGCCAACAACAAGUGACGCAGUACACUCCGAGCUGACAGUUCGAGGAGAGACGGCGACGCCUCCGGACGGCGAUGCACACGUAGCGCGGAGUUCGACUGCACGACAGUGGGACGGGUAUGAAACUGCACGUCUUCCGCCUCCUCACCGCCGUGCCAUCAUCACACAUGAGAGAAAGCCCAAAGCACUCACACUUGGAGCAGACGGAUCAAGACGAGAGGUGGAUGUCGAUCGUGGGUCCAGAUACGCCACCUGUAUUGUUUUAACAGUCUCCACCAACCUGGACCUGGAUAAAUCGGAGAUCAGCCUCAAGAGGAAGCAAGAAUCCUGCGUAUAUAGUUCAAGUGAGCCACAGAGGUGUAGAACGGUGGGCAUCGACUCUCAGGUGAAGAAACCAACUUCGCGACCUGACACUUCCAGAGAAGUAACAAGCCAGUCUCCGCUACCGCAAAAGAUAACAUUUCUGGCUGAGAAGGACGAAGACAUUAUCACGGUUGUGUGCAGCAGUCGUAAGUUCAGAAGUAGUCUUCAAUGUGGAUCGCAACCAAGAACAACUGCCUGCGGAUCAUCUGAAUUGGAGCAAACGAUUAAGGGCCGGGCCGAUCUUGAGAAACCAACUGAUGUGGAGGAGCUGUCUAACCCCGGUGAAGUCAUGUUGUCUUCUGGUAUGGUGACAGUUCUCGCUCCUACUUGGAGCGGCCGACUGCGGCGCUCCAAAAGGUUCGAGGCAACGGGCAGUUUGGAAACUUUGGCAAGUCUUCCAGAUGCGGCAAACCCGAAAGCAAGUCGUCCGCAAGAUGACUCUCAGUGGUCUCAAAGUGGUGCGACGAGGGCGUUUAACGUCACGCAGACCCAGCCAAGAAUUCCGUUUCUGAGUACCAGGCAGAACACAACAGGCUGGUCCACUAAAAGUGUUCUCCAAAAUUUGGACUAUGAAUUACAGAGUAACGUUGCUCGAACAAUCUCGUUGGAUGGGAGCUCUAAAGAGAGAGAAAUCAAGAAAGCGCAGGCAAGUACGAGCUGGGACCUCUAUGGGCAAAAGAGGACUCCACAAGACGGUCAUCUGGUGCGCCGCUCAUCUUUGAGCUCAAAACCAACAACAAGCGGUCUCCUUCUGUCACUACGACGAAUAAACAGUCAAAGCAUGAACUCCAAUAACCCGACUCCGUCUGAGGUCAAGCCACUGUCCUUGAAGACUGGCCAAGAUGCUCAACCGUUCUCAACACACGUGCCCCAAAGCUUGCACAACACACUUGAGAGGGAAAAGUUUAAGCCACUCCCCUCGUCUUUGUCCGCUUCUUCCAGGGCGUCCGAGACGGAAGCAUUUAGUUCCUCCUCAUUGAAUAAUCACAGAGGCACAUCGAAAGCAAGCUUGUUUUCCUCUUUGACCGUCAACAAAGUAUCAACUGACACACCCGAACAACCACAACCGAUGACUCGGGAACAGCCAAGUCUUUCAUGGUCCGGACAGACAUUUGUCAGUCGAAGAGCGUCGGACAACGAUCGGAAUUGGAUCGGUUCGGGCAGAGGUUCGAAUCUCUUUUUUGAUAGGGAUGCAUCUCCACAUCAACGUAUACAACGCGACUCCGGUGUGCUCUCAGAGAGCGGCGCACCUUCCAGAAACACACCUGGGUCAUCUACUUCCCGGUGGCAAGAAAAUAGCCAGAAGGGCAGUCCAAUUUCAAUUCUCUCCGACACACCCAACAUCAUAAGCAAGCCACACACACCCUUAAUUCCUUUACCGAACAAUAACUGUGACACAGCAGCUCCAAGUCUGACGAAUAACAAAAGUCUUCAGCUCCAAUGUCAAAGUUCCAAUUGUAGCAAUGAUAGCACCAAUGCUGUGAUGAAGCCACAAAAGGGAGGGCCCGCUCGAGUCAAAGAGAAGUACUCUGAUGAUUCAUUUGACAAAGUAAGACUUGCCAAACAAUUGCAUGAAUCCAGUUCAAAAAAAGUAGAACUGCGCAAGUCUCAACAUUUGCCUGACAGGCACUCGACUCUCAGUCAACCAAGAGAUUCCAUGAGGCAUGAUGCAAGUAAUGGCUCAUUUCAAGCUCACGUGACUGCAUUUGCGCCCUCUUUGUUCAAUCCAAAUCGAUCUGCGCCUCCUAAGAUCGACGACAGAACAAAUAACGCUCACCAAAGCAAGCCGAUGAACCCGUGUUUAUUUCUUGAGAGCACCGACACUCUCAAGAUUCAGGUUGUUCCUCUUAAGAAUGUAUCUGGUUUCUCACAGAAAGAAAAUGCCGGUCCUCCGCUUCAUUCCAAACCAGAUUCUUUUCCGACCGGCUCCACAUCCCAAACAUCAAAAGUCCCCAAUACAGCCCCCAUCACCGCCACGCCUCUUGGCUUUAGAAGGAGCUAUGCCGCCACUACAAAGCCUUUGCAACCAAAAGAUGUCUCCCACCAUGUUCCGAUGGUAAAUGACUCUUCGGAAACAAACCGUAGCCCUGCAUCUGUGACUCCUUCCCCAGCCGCAACAAUGACUCCCACCCAGAUGACUUGUACCAGUAUUCCUGCCGUAACAUCACAUCCGCAAACACCUCCUGCCACCGCAAUCAGUCCGAACCGAAAAGUGGGAGGAAUAUUAACUAACCAAUCCGAAAAAGACCACAAAAAAUCCGCCCAAGGAUACGGAAAGAGAGUGAAGCAUGUCAUGUGGGAGGAUUCAGAGAACUCUGAACCUACAAAGAGUCCCGAUCCAUCUGUCCUGACGAGUCCACUAUCUCGCUCGAUGUCUCAGCGACUUAGCAGAGCCCCAUCCAUCUUCUCUUUUCUAAGAUUAAGCAGUCCAAACCCAAAAACCACUCCCCUUUGCAGCGCGUCACGCAAGACCUCGAGCUUGCAGGUGGGGGAAGGAGAGAAGUAUCGAUCUUUGUCUUCUGACUCUGCGGAUCAGACCUUGAGAGAGGGAGGAGAAUCGCAACAAAACCCCACCGAUGCAAUGAGUUUUGUCCAAGAGAGAAGAGACGCAAUUCCAUCCCCACUGCGGAGGUCUCGGUCAUUGCAGGCCGAUGAAUUCCUGUAUUAUUCAACCGCGCCCUCGCCCGACUUUGCAAAUGGAUACAAGAUACGCUACAGCCCGCCACCGUACUCCUCUCUCAUCUCCAGCCGUAGUGAAACUAAGAAGGCAACUCCGAGGACGUCACUUUUCCAAAAUGUUAACUCCACCUCAAAUUAUACCUCAAAUCAUCCCUUACUUUCUCAUCCGGUUGCAGAUGCAAUCUCAUCUAACUCAAAAACGUCACUCGUAAAUUCCCCCAAACCUCUCCUGUCUUCUCCUCUGCAGACCAAAAUGUUAUCACAGAUUCAAGUUGUUCCUCUUAAGAACGUUUCUGGUUUCCCACAGAAAGAAAAUGCCGGUCCUCCGCUUCAUUCCAAACCAGAUUCUUUUCCCACCGGCUCCACAUGCCAAACAUCAAAAGUCCCCAAUACACCGCCCAUCAGCACCCCAAUCUUUGCAGGUGAACAUGUCUUGCACGGUGUUUCGCAAACAGGUGAAAUAAACAAUAACAGCUACAAGCGUAUCUGUCGUAAUCAGAAAAAUGGUGGCAUAUUACUUAUCGAGAGCAGAGUUGAUGAAAUCCCCCAAACUUUGCAGAGUUCCAAAAUGGACAAAACCGCUUCGCCUCCAGAGAACAGAAAGCCUGAGUCAUUGCCAUUUUUUACAAAGAUGCUCUCUUCUGUGGCGGCAAAGCCAAGCGAAGAGACGCACAGAACUCCGAGUCAUUCAAAUCAAAGCUCAAGCGGCAGCAGCUCAACAGAGAGUCGGUCUGUGGGUGACGAAGUCAGCAGCAAAAAAAUGAAGGAGAGUGUGAUGGGUAAAUUCAAACUUUUCUCAGUGGAGAGCAACAACGAGCAAAGCCCAAAGAGGCGUCGUUUUGUUAUGAAGAAAAGUGUCAGCACGCCAAACUCUGAAAGCGAGAAGGCCAACAAAACUUCGAAUAAAAUGGACCAGGUUCUCAACAAACUAAGGCAAACAUUCGGCACCAAACGCCCCGAUGACGAACUAUUGCCGUGGAAAUGGAGGCAAGCGUCUGAAACUGCGUCUGUGGGCGGGCUGAGCGAUACCGGCAAUACCAACGAUGCCACGGUUGAGGGCAACAGAACCGCUGGCCGUGAAGAACAAGCGGCCGAGCCGAAGGGCCGUGGAAGGGCAAAACAAGGUGAAGAAUUGGCACAGACCAGUUCCUCCCUCAUACCAGCCUUAUCUAUGACAGGCAACGAGUCCUUCAUUUGGCCAGACCAGCCCAAACCCAAAGACCAAGACAAAGAAAGCUUUUGUCCAACAACACCAUCUGACCAGAAUGAUGCUAAGACUAGAGCAACAAACCCGUUUCUUCUCAGUGCGGAUCCUGGUUGCAGUAGAAGCCCGAAGCUCAGCGAUGGUCACUGUACUAAGUUAAGGAAAUCGACGUCCAAUUCCAAGAGUCCAUUCUCCCCCUUCUCCUCUCUUUCCCCACACUCGCCAUUUUCCUCAACCGAUGUGGCAGACGACAGUGUCUUCUACAGCCCAAAGAUGCAGCGGCGAAGGGAGACUUCACCGCCAUGUGAGCCGGGGGAAGGAAUCGGUCUGGUGAGUUCACGGAGAAGCCGGGCCUCGGCGGGUCUGCCGAGUACAGGUCCGGUACAGGGCGAGGCAUCGUGCUAUGCUGAUUUAAAGUAUGGCAUUGAGCCAGGGAGGUCGGUUUCUGUGAGCUCUGUACUCUCCAGUCGGCCUUCGGGGCCCGGGCGAAUUUCCACCGGCCCCAGAUUCAUGAGCGUGGACGACCUCUCGGAAUCCGUCCCGAUUCAUGGAAGAGGUGAUGAGGAUUUCAAGGAGUGGUUAGAGAAGAAUUGCGAUCACAGAUCAAUUGGUCGGAUGCGGUCCUACUUCCACGGUGAGGCCGAUCAAAUGAGAUCAAGAUCUCUUCCUCGAUCGCUGACUCGCCGUCUGGCCCAGCGGGGCUCAAGUGUUUCUGUUUGUCCACCUGCAGACACCACGGCAUCAAUGUCGCCCCAUCGCUGGAGCCCCAACAUGAACACUUGUCACUUUGACUGGGACACAGUGAGCCCCCCAACUCCUCCUCCAACACCCCCUUUGUCACCACAGACCAGACGCAUGUCCAAACCCUCCAGCCUUUCCUCGCCUAAUUUUCCCAGCUCCGAUGCAGAACCAUUGGAAAGCCAAUCCCCCAGGGGGCAUUUGCCCUCUCGGGGUUACGUCUCCAGUCUAAGCACAUUUGAAGAGUCCUCGGACAGCAGCUCAGACACGACGACAGAUGAUGAAUAUUAUUUAGAAAAAAGUGACGACGAAGAAAAGGAGACUGAAUUGUGAAAAAAAAAGUCACAAUUCAAUUGCUACUUUCUCUUCGAUAUUCAUGAUCCAGGACUUGAUAUUGUAAAAUAAUAAUAAUAAGAAGAAGAAGGGCGAGACAGCAACAGGAACGUGCAAAAGAAAGAUCCGAAUGUGGCCGGACAGUCAAGGCAAGUGACUUGAAGUGGCUCAUCUUCAUUGUCUGCCUAAAUACAAGUGUGUUGUCAUGACGACACUUAGUGGGUAAGCAUGCUACAGGCCUCUAUUUACAGUGAAACCUGUAUUUGCGGUGGCUACGUUCCAGACCCAGCCCCCCUUGGUGAUACGAAGUGACCACAACAGAAAGUUUGAUGUUCUUCUUCUUCUUCUACUACAUCUAUUACUACUGCAUCUCAUUGGUGCCCGGCAUGUUGUGGCACAAUCUGGUACUUAGACAGAUGGCUCGCAACUCUAAAUUUAGACUUGCCCACCGUCCACUGUACAUAAACAAACAAAAAUGGUCACUUCAAAAAUCUUCAAAUUUUAGCAAGGGCAGAAUCAAUGAAGCGCUACUUUGUGGGGCUACACCGUAAAGUGAUGUAUGUGCGGACAAUUACGCGUUGCAAAUUUCUGCUAAAUAAUGGAUGCUUAGCACUCGUUUUGGACAGUUGCAUGGCUUCAGUGCGGGAUUUACAGCUGUGGCCUUUUUGAUGUUUGAUAUAAAGAAUUCAUUUUAUUCCACUGAGAUUCGUGGUUGUCCGUCCGAUUCUUGAGAACGGAAUUUAGUUUGAGCUAUUCAUAUUUUGUGUGUUUAUAGCAGUACUCCGGAUCUAAACAAUGGUAUCUCUCCAUGUUGAACUAUUUUUAUUAUUAUAUAUUUUUUUAAAGUCACGUUGUGAAUGGUGGUAGAGCCACAACACUGUAUUAUGCUUUUAUGCUCCUGUUGCUUGAAUGCAUCAGGGUCAUCUAGACCCAUACUGUUUCUUCUGCUGCUAAGCAAUAACUCCACUAGUGAAGGAGGAUUAUGGUAAUUAAAAAUAAUAAUAAUUUUAAAAUCGUGUUCUUGAAUUUGAUGUUCAUGUUUUAAAUUAUGUUUAUUUUUGUAACAUUUUUUUUAGUUGGUAAAGGGAUCAUACUGCCGUUUGUAAUUUUAGCAUUUGUUGUCAAAGUGCUGUAUACGGUGCCCGAUAUUGUUUGUCCAGACUAAAUAUUUGCACAUUGACAAUUCAACAUCCAAAUAUAUGCAUUUUAUAAAUCAAUGCAAUGUUUCCAACAA